AUGGCGACCGCGACCGAGGCAAAUGCCCUCGGGUAUAACCUGGACGUAGACUACGUCGUCCGCUACAGCUUUGGCGAUGUUGAUCAAUCGCAAGCAAUCAAGGAACUGGAGAAGCUACUCCGGACGCUCGCGAGCGUUGGGUUGCAGACGGAAGUGCGACAGGGCGACGAAACCUCUCUUCUUGUCUUCGUGCGUGCCACCAGCAAGCGGCUGAAAAGGGCGGUGUAUCGGUCACGGGUACGUGACUGGCUCUAUGGUAUCCUCAAUUCCGAGCCCGAUUCUGCCGGCUCUAUCGAGCCCGCCACGGAGGCAGAGCGUCUACGGGUGGUCAACCAGAUGAUUACUCUCCCCACCGAGGAAGGCGGCGCCGGAAUCACCCCUAAACACGGCGAGUGGAAGAACGUCACGAAUGUCUUCCCCCUCCACGAUGAGGAGACCAAUAAGGAAUGGAUGCGGGAAUGGAGUAAAAAGACGUUCCUCUCAAACGAAGAGUUGGAUCAGAUCCGGGAUAAGUUCGGAGAGAGUGUUGGCUUUUACUUCUCGUUCUUACAGUGCUACUUCCGCUUCCUGAUCUUCCCCGCGGUCUUUGGCUUCUCCUGCUGGUUCUUCCUCGGCGGCUAUUCCAUUGUUUACACUGCCGUCAACUGCCUUUGGUGCAUCAUUUUUGUUGAGUACUGGAAGCGCCAGGAGGUGGACCUGAGCUGUAGGUGGCAGACUAAGGGUGUCUCGGCAGUUCAGACUACUCGACGCGAGUUCAAGCCCGAGAAGGAAGUCCGCGAUGAAGGGACCGGCGAGAUGCGAGGGAUCUUCCCCGCAACCAAGCGAAUGCAGCGGCAGCUUUUGCAGAUCCCAUUUGCAUUUCUUGCUGCGAUUGCGUUGGGAGUUAUCAUCGCCACUUGUUUUGCCAUUGAGAUCUUCAUCUCGGAACUGUAUAAUGGCCCUUUCAAGUCAUAUCUGAUCUUCAUUCCGACUAUCCUGGUCUCCGCACUGGUGCCGACCAUUAGCGCUGUACUCAUGUCAAUUGCCACUAAAUUGAACGACUACGAGAACCACGAGACCAAUGAUGGAUAUGAUGUUGCGCUGACUCAGAAGAUGUUCGUCAUCAAUUUCAUUACCUCGUAUCUCCCGAUCUUCCUCACAGCCUUUGUCUACGUCCCUUUUGCCAGUCGGAUCGUUCCGUACCUGGACGUGUUCCGGUUGACUGUUCGCCCGUUCGUGUCCAAAGAGCAUUGCGACUCGAAAAAGUCGCACUUCCAGAUCGACCCUGCACGCCUGCGUAACCAAGUCAUCUAUUUCACCGUCACUGCUCAAAUCGUCGGGUUUGCCAUGGAGACCAUCGUGCCGUACCUGAAGCAGCAUGCAUUCCGUAAGUACAAGGAAUACAACCGAAAGCGCCAUGGCAAGCCCGCACAGAAUGGCGAUAAGGAUUCUCCCGAGCGGUCACCGAUCAUGACCUACGAUGACCCUAUCGAGGAAAAGGAUUUCUUGAAGCGUGUUCGUAACGAGGUCGAGCUGUCUGAAUACGAGGUUACAGAUGAUCUGCGUGAGAUGUGCAUCCAGUUCGGCUAUCUGGCGCUCUUCUCACCCGUGUGGCCCCUGGUCCCUGUGUCAUUCUUCAUCAACAACUGGAUCGAAUUGCGAUCCGACUUCUUCAAGAUCUGCAUGGAGUUCCAGCGACCCACACCACUGCGGGCUGACACUAUCGGUCCCUGGCUCGAUACCCUCGGCUUCCUAUCAUGGGUCGGCAGCAUCACGAGUGCCGCUCUCGUAUACCUGUUUAGUGGAAACCCACAGCACGGUCCUAAUGGUGAUGCGACCGACAUCAGGGGCUGGUCACUUCUGCUGGCAAUCUUCUUUUCGGAGCAUCUCUACCUGAUAGUGCGGUAUGCGGUACAGACGGCCAUGGCCAAGCUCGAGCCACCUCACGCUCGCAAGGAACGUGCCGAGCGCUACCUCGUGCGCAAGCGAUACUUGGAUUCGACUAUUAAUGCCGACCCGGAGAAAGACUUGCAGCAGGUUAAAGAUGACACACUGCCUGAAACGCCGGAGAUCUCACGCGUCGCUCUCGAGGAUGAUGCUCGGCACUCAUCUAUGCACGACGCAGACCCCGCUGAGCGAUUCUGGACGCGUCAGCAUGGCUGGACGGAGUCAGCUGAGGUGGGUGCUGGGAUUAUUCGCGCCCAGCCCAGCAGUGGAAGUGCGAAGAAGCAACAGUAG